CUCGUUAUUGGCUCCAGCUCCUCUGUCCCUCUCAUCCCCCUUUUUCUUUUCUCCACCCACUACUACUCUCUCCCCCACACCCUCUCAAAACUCUCUCUAUCACUCAAAUUCACUUCCAUCUUCUUCUGCUUCCUCUACUAGAUCUCUUCAUUUUCCAGUUUCUGUGAGUGUUGAAGAAGCUUCGCAUAUAAAUGGAGGAGGCUCCGUUGGAGCAACCGCGUGAAGACGCUGCAUCGGAGAACCGGAAGAGCUCCUCGGGAAGCGUGAAGGCUGCGGCGAGAAUCGCCGCAACCUCUGGUGGUUCGGUUUCUGCAAGGAAGAAAGUGGAGCCUCGGAAUGUAUCGGGUUCGGGUGCGGGUACGAAGAGAUCGGGUUCGAUUGGCGGUUUGGCGAGUUCGGUUUCUGUGCCGCCGAGGCGGAGUAGUACUGGAGGAUUGGUACAGAGGCCGUCGGUGCCGGAUGGAAGUAGGAAAACGGUUGCUGAAUCUGCUGCCGGCGGUCGGAGCAGAGUUUCUUCGGCGGCCGAGCCUGUGCGGAGGUCUUUGCCGGAGUUACGGCGGAGUUCGUUAGCAUCGCCGCGUGGUGGUGUCACUGGGAAGCCGGCGGUCUCGCCGGUGAGUUCGGGUUUGAGGACGACCGCUGUGUCUGGUGCGAGUAAGGUGGAAGUUGCGAAGAAGUCGUUAACUAAGCCGGCAUUGUCGUCUCCGGCUUCUGCUUCUUCUUCGUCGAGGAGAAUUGGUUCUUCGGCGGUUGGUGGUAGCGGUGGUUCUGCUAGGAGGACGGUUUCGAAUGUCUCCUCGCCGUCAUCGUCAGUGUCAUCUGCACGUUCGGCCUCUGGGGGGUUGAGAGCGGGCUCGUUGUCGUCGUCUUCGAAGGAUAGGAGCUCUGCUCUGCCUGGAAGGAGGAGAGUGGGAACUCCUGACAGCCGUGAUUCGCGGUUCGUUGUUCUUCCGCAGAUUGAGAUUAAGGCCAAUGAUGAAUUGAGAUUGGAUCUUAGGGGACACAGGGUUCGCAGUCUCAAUGCCAGUGGAUUAAACUUAUCCUCAAACUUAGAGUUUGUAUAUCUCCGAGACAAUCUUUUGUCUACCCUGGAAGGAGUAGAAAUAUUGACGAGAGUGAAGGUUCUUGAUUUGAGUUUUAACGAUUUUAAGGGUCCUGGAUUUGAGCCACUUGAGAAUUGUAAAGUACUGCAGCAACUCUAUCUUGCUGGAAAUCAAAUCACAUCAUUGGCUAGUCUUCCGCAGCUUCCUAAUUUGGAGUUCCUCUCAGUAGCUCAAAAUAAGUUGAAAUCUCUUGCUAUGGCAAGUCAACCUCGACUCCAGGUCUUAGCUGCCAGCAAAAACAGAAUUUCUACGCUGAAGGGAUUCCCAUAUUUACCAGCUCUUGAGCAUUUGCGAGUGGAGGAGAAUCCUAUACUUAAGAUGCCUCAUGUGGAAGCAGCCUCAAUAUUGCUUGUUGGGCCUACUUUGAAAAGAUACAAUGAUAGAGACCUUUCUCGUGAGGAAGUGGCAAUAGCAAAGCGUUAUCCUGCACAUACAGCUUUAUGUAUUAGAGAUGGUUGGGAGUUUUGUCGCCCUGAGCAUGUUGCAGAGUCAACUUUCCACUUUCUAGUUGAGAAAUGGAAGGACCAUAUUCCUCCUGGGUUUCUCCUCAAAGAAGCUUCAAUAGAUAAACCUUUGGAAGAAGAUGUGUGUAGCUGUCACUUCACAAUUAUUCAUGAUGGUGCCUUGAGUACAGACCUGCCAUUAAUUUUAAAAUAUCAAUGGUUUUGUGGUGAUGUAACUCUUUCGAAUUUUUUCCCUAUUCCAGAUGCUACUGGUGAGAUUUACUGGCCAAAGCAUAAUGACAUUGGAAAAGUUUUGAAAGUGGAAUGUACUCCUGUUUUAGGAGAAACAGAAUAUCCUCCUAUAUUUGCCAUCUCUUCUCGUGUUUCACCAGGGAGUGGAAUUCCAAAAGUUGUCAACCUUGAAGUGCACGGAGAGCUGGUAGAAGGAAGUAUAAUCAGGGGUUGUGCUAAGAUUGCAUGGUGCGGUGGGACUCCAGGAAAAGGUGUUGCUAGUUGGCUGCGGAGGAAGUGGAAUAGCACUCCUGUUGUCAUCGCUGGGGCGGAAGAUGAGGAGUAUCAGCUGACCAUUGAUGAUGUUGAUUCAAGUUUAGUUUUCAUGUACACGCCAGUAACAGAAGAAGGUGCCAAAGGAGAACCUCAAUAUAAAUAUACAGAUUUUGUAAGAGCUGCUCCUCCCUCUGUCAGUAACGUAAGGAUAGUCGGAGAGGCUGUUGAGGGAAAUAUUAUCAAAGGUGUUGGUGAUUAUUUUGGUGGAAGGGAGGGUCCCAGCAAAUUUGAAUGGUUACGGAAGAACAGGGACGUAGGAGACUUUCUAUUAGUGUCAGCUGGUACAUCCGAGUAUACCUUGACCAAAGAGGAUGUUGGUUGUUGCUUGGCUUUUGUAUACAUGCCAAUUAAUUUUGAAGGUCAGGAAGGAAAAUCUGUGUCAGUAAUGUCUCCUGCUGUGAAACAAGCACCCCCAAAAGUAUCAAAUGCCAAAAUAAUUGGUGAUCUACGUGAGAAUGGCAAGAUAACUGCUACUGGUAUUGUAACUGGAGGAACUGAAGCAUCUAGUAGAGUUCAGUGGUAUAAAACAUGUUCAUCAAUUUUGGAUGAAAACAGUCUUGAAGCAUUAAGUACUUCCAAAAUUGCUAAAGCAUUCCGCAUACCUCUUGGAGCUGUUGGCUGUUACAUUGUUGCAAAAUUUACACCAAUGACUCCUGAUGGUGAUGUCGGUGAACCUGCAUUUGUGAUAUCUGAUAGAGCAGUUGAGACUCUUCCCCCGAGCUUGAAUUUCUUAUCUAUUAUUGGAGAUUACUGUGAAGAUGGAAUAUUGACAGCUUCAUAUGGAUAUGUUGGAGGCCAUGAAGGAAAAAGUAUAUAUAAUUGGUAUAUUCAUGAGGUUGAAGGUGAUUUAGGUUCCUUGAUACCAGAUGUUUCCGGUCUUUUACAGUAUCGUAUUGCCAAAGAAGCCAUUGGAAAAUUCAUCUCUUUCCAGUGUACUCCAGUACGUGACGAUGGCGUUGUAGGUGACCUUAGAAUUUGCAUGGGCCAGGAGCGUGUUCGUCCUGGAAGCCCGCGAUUGCUUUCUUUACACAUAGUUGGAAAUGCUGUUGAAGGAACAAUGCUAAGAAUUGAAAAAACAUAUUGGGGUGGUGAUGAGGGAGAUUCAAUUUACCGCUGGCUUAGGACCAGUUCCGACGGUACACAAAGUGAAAUUACGAGUGCCACCACUUCGUCAUAUGCACCUUCAAUUGAUGACAUUGGCUUCUUUAUUUCUGUCUCAUGUGAGCCUGUCCGAAGUGAUUGGGCUCGUGGACCCAUGGUUCUUUCUGAACAAAUUGGACCUAUAAUACCUGGACCCCCAACUUGUCAUAUUCUGGAAUUCGUUGGAUCCAUGAUAGAGGGGCAGCACUUGAACAUGAAUGCCGUGUAUAGUGGAGGAGAGAGAGGAGAAUGCACCCAUGAGUGGUUUAGGGUAAAGGACAAUGGUGUACGAGAAAAAAUAAGUGGUCAUGAUUUUUUGGAUUUGACUCUUCAAGAUGUCGGUGCAUGCAUUGAACUACUCUACACCCCUGUGUGCAAAGAUGGAAACAAAGGCAGUCCAAAGAGCAUAGUAUCUGAUAUGGUUUCUCCUGCGGAACCAAAGGGAAUGGACCUUGUCAUUCCUGACUGCUGUGAAGACGAAGAGAUUACCCCAUUGAGAAAAUAUUUUGGUGGACAUGAAGGAGUUGGAGAAUACAUUUGGUAUCAGACAAAAAAUAAGCUUGAUGGAUCUGCACUAUUAGAUAUAGCUAAUGCUUGUGAUGCUGAAAUAUGUGGGACAGAGCCAACGUAUAAACCAUCACUUAAGGACGUUGGAACUUAUUUGGCCUUGUAUUGGGUGCCUACUCGUGCGGACAACAAAUGCGGGGAGCCAUUGGUUGCAAUAUGCAGUAACCCAGUUUCUCCUGCUCCUCCAAUAGUUUCUAAUGUACGCGUGAAAGCGUUGUCUUCGGGAAUUUAUUCUGGACAAGGUGAAUAUUUUGGUGGAUAUGAAGGAGAAAGCCUCUUUAGCUGGUAUAGAGAAAAUAAUGAGGGAACCAUUGAACUGAUUAACGGGGCAAAUUCUAAAACCUAUGCAGUUACUGAUUCAGAUUACAGUUUUCGUUUGUUGUUUGGAUAUACACCAGUUCGAUCAGAUUCAGUUGUGGGAGAACUCAGGUUAUCUGAUCCAACUGAUAUUGUGUUCCCAGAGCUCCCAUACGUGGAGAUGAUUGCUCUGACAGGAAAGGCAGUUGAAGGCGACAUACUUACAGCUGUUGAAGUGAUUCCUAAUAGUGAGAUUCAACAACAUGUUUGGAGCAAGUACAAGAAAGAUAUUAGAUAUCAAUGGUUUAUUUCAUCAGAAGUGGGAGACAAUUUUACAUAUGAUCCAUUACCCAAUCAGAGUUCUUGCUCCUAUAGGGUGCGGCUCGAGGAAAUUGGUCGUUGUUUGAAAUGUGAGUGUGUCGUAACUGAUGUAUUUGGAAGACUGGGUGAGGUAGUAUACAUUGAGACAGCUCCUGUAUUGCCAGGCAUUCCUAGAGUACACAAGCUUGAGAUUGAGGGAAGGGGAUUUCAUACCAAUCUCUAUGCUGUUCGUGGCAUUUAUAGUGGUGGGAAGGAAGGAAAAAGUAGAAUCCAGUGGCUUAGAUCAAUGGUUGGAAGUCCUGACUUGAUCUCUAUACCAGGGGAAACAAGCAAAAUGUAUGAAGCAAAUGUUGAUGAUGUUGGCUAUAGAUUGGUGGCUAUAUAUACUCCUGUUAGAGAGGAUGGAGUAGAGGGCCAAUCAACUUCUGUAUCCACAGAUCCAAUUGCAGUUGAGCCUGAUGUUCUUAAAGAAGUGAAGCAGCACCUUGAUCUUGGAUCAGUGAAGUUUGAGGUAUUGUGUGACAAAGACCAAGGCUCAAAAAAGAUUUCAUCAGUGGGGACAUAUGAGAGACGAAUACUUGAAAUUAACCGGAAAAGGCUCAAGGUGGUAAAGCCUGCCACUAAGACUUCCUUUCCUAAUACAGAAAUCCGUGGUAGCUAUGCCCCUCCGUUUCACGUGGAGCUCUUCAGAAAUGAUCAACACCGUCUAAAAAUAGUAGUGGACAGUGAAAAUGAAGCAGACUUGAUGGUGCACUCCCGACACCUUAGGGAUGUUAUUGUUCUUGUGAUUCGAGGACUAGCUCAACGAUUUAAUAGUACUUCCCUCAAUUCCCUUCUCAAGAUAGAAACAUGAUUCUAAAUUCUAUUUUUACCCCUUUUCUUUUUACAUUGUAUAGUUGUAUAUCAUCUGGGAAAAAAAGGUUUCUGAGGCCAGUUACCUCACAUUUUGCUUGUCCUGAGUGCAAAUGUUGUUGUUAUGUUGAGAGAUCAGCGAUUAAUGCCUUAAUCAUUGCAGGCAUUGAUUACUAGAUCUGUGUGUUCACAUUGAUUGGACAAUCACCAUUUAAGGUUUUGCAUUAAGAAUUUCGUGUAUAUUUUGGGUCAUGACAAGGGGAAGGGUUUGUUAAACAGAAAUGCUGAAUUUUACGAAAA